AUGUACAAGUACAGCGCUGUUCUACUGCUCCUUGGCUGUGCAGCCAUCGUAACUUACUCCACAGCACAUGCUGCUCCUGCGGCCGACCAGUGGACACUGGUGCCGGACGGUGAUGGGCGACUCCAUUUGGUCAACCUAAACCCGUACAACAUCGACGAGACGGUACCGGAGCCACAUUUUACCGCGGCCACCGAUACCAUCUUCCGGCUGUACACACGCAGCAACCGCAACACACCGCAGGUUAUCGGGCUCGGUGAUGCCGGUAGCUUGUCCGCCUCGUCCUUCAAUGCCGGUCAUCCGACGCGCUUCAUCAUCCACGGCUGGAACAACGAUGGUUUCUCUGAGGUGAACAUGAUCCUGAGGGAUGCCUGGUUGGAUCGUGGCGAUUUCAAUGUCAUCACCGUGGACUGGGGUGUCGGUGCGCAAACCAUCAACUAUCCGUUCGCUCGGGCACGUGUCGGUGCAGUCGGUAACGUGGUGUCCACGUUCAUCAACUUCCUGCAGGCGAACACCGGCAUUAGCUUCGCGAGCGUCAGCAUCGCCGGACACAGUCUCGGUGCGCAUGCGGCCGGUAAUGCGGGUUUCUUCCAGUUUGGACGCUUGAACACAAUCUUCGGUAUGGAUCCGGCGUUGCCACUGUUCUCGCUCGAUAGCAACGAUCGCAUCACGCUCAACGAUGCCCAGUACGUCGAGACGAUCCACACCAACGCCGGAUUGCUUGGAUUCGAUCUGCCACUGGGACAGGCUUCGUUCUACCCGAACGGUGGCCGGGUUCAGCCCGGUUGCGGUGUCGAUGUGGCCGGUGCCUGUGCGCACGGUCGUGCCUACGAGUUCCUGGCGGAAUCGAUCGUCUCCGGUGGAUUCACGUCGGUGCGCUGUGGUUCGUACGAUGAAAUCCUUACCGGAAACUGCUCCGUUCAGGGAGCGAGCCGUCCGAUGGGUGGUGAGCCCUCUAACUUUGGUACGGGCACCGAGGGUGUCUUCACGCUGACCACCCGUGCCGCCGCACCGUUCUCGCUCGGAUAA